AUGGAUGGGAAAUCGAUCUCCUUCUGCAUGUGACACAGUAGGUCUUGAGUUAGACUAGUUGUUGCUAGAGGAUACUGAUCUGCAAGGUUGCCUUUUAGGUUAUUUAAGUAAUGACAGCAAUGUAAGAUGUGUGCGUUUAGGAGGGGGUUCUUAGUUUAUCAGCCCCUACUCGCGUAUCUCCAAGGCUUUUGAAAAUACAGUAGAAAAGAUGUUGGUCUAAAUUGAGCUGAUGGUUAGAAAUAGUGGUGUCAUUUUAAGAGUUAGCGGAAGUGGGGUACAGCCAAGCUUUAAUGCAAUUCUUCUCCCAUCAGUUGUGAAAGUGUCGUUAUAAUGCGGAUCUCACAACUUUUACGGUUCUGGGAUUAAAAGGUCAUGAAACGAGUACGCACAGAGCAGAUUCAGAUGGCAGUGUCCUGCUACCUCAAACGCCGACAGUACGUGGAUUCAGAAGGUCCCCUAAAACAAGGAUUGCGACUGUCACAGACUGCUGAAGAGAUGGCAGCUAAUCUCACAGUCCAAUCAGAAUCUGGUUGUGCCAACAUAGUGUCUGCAGCUCCUUGCCAAGCUGAGCCCCAGCAAUAUGAAGUACAGUUUGGACGCCUGCGGAAUUUUCUCACUGAUUCUGAUUCCCAGUACAGCCACGAAGUGAUGCCUCUCCUCUAUCCUCUCUUUGUCUACCUCCAUCUCAACCUGGUCCAGAGCAGUCCGAAGAGCACAGUGGAAAGUUUUUACAGCCGCUUCCAUGGAAUGUUUUUGCAGAAUGCUAGCCAGAAGGAUGUCAUUGAGCAGCUACAGACCACUCAAACCAUCCAGGACAUUCUGUCUAACUUCAAGCUUCGAGCAUUCCUAGAUAACAAGUAUGUGGUCCGUCUCCAGGAAGACAGCUACAACUACCUUAUCCGCUACCUCCAAAGUGACAACAAUACUGCCCUGUGCAAAGUCCUCACUUUACAUAUUCAUCUGGAUGUGCAGCCUGCCAAGAGAACAGACUACCAGCUUUACGCCAGUGGCAGCUCCUCACGUAGUGAGAGCAGCGGCUUAGAGCCCAGUGACAUGCCCACCCCUAUUCUGCAGAAUGAGGCUGCUCUGGAGGUCUUGCAGGAGAGCAUUAAGCGAGUCAAGGAUGGGCCUCCUUCACUUACUACCAUCUGUUUCUAUGCCUUCUAUAACACAGAGCAGCUAUUGAACACUGCAGAAAUUUCCCCAGAUAGUAAGCUGCUUGCUGCUGGGUUUGACAACUCCUGUAUAAAACUUUGGAGUUUACGAUCCAAAAAGUUAAAAUCGGAACCCCAUCAAGUAGACGUGUCCCGUAUCCACUUGGCUUGUGAUAUUCUGGAGAAAGAGGAUGAUGAGGAGGAUAAUGCAGGCACAGAGAUGAAGAUACUGCGAGGACAUUGUGGGCCUGUGUACAGCACAAGAUUCCUAUCAGAUAGCUCAGGGUUGCUCUCUUGUUCUGAAGACAUGUCCAUCCGAUAUUGGGACCUGGGAAGUUUCACCAACACUGUGUUGUACCAAGGACAUGCCUAUCCUGUGUGGGACCUGGACAUCAGCCCGUAUAGCCUGUACUUCGCCAGUGGUUCCCAUGACCGCACUGCAAGGCUUUGGUCAUUUGACCGGACGUACCCACUGAGAAUAUAUGCAGGACACCUGGCAGAUGUGGACUGUGUCAAAUUCCACCCUAAUUCAAACUACUUAGCUACAGGCUCUACCGACAAGACUGUCCGGCUGUGGAGUGCCCAGCAGGGAAAUUCUGUGAGGCUGUUCACAGGCCACCGAGGCCCUGUGCUUUCUCUUGCAUUUUCUCCCAACGGUAAGUACUUGGCAUCUGCUGGCGAGGACCAGAGGUUGAAGCUGUGGGACUUGGCAUCUGGCACCCUUUAUAAAGAAUUAAGAGGCCACACAGACAAUAUCACCAGCCUUACUUUCAGUCCGGACAGUAGCUUGAUUGCCUCUGCCUCCAUGGACAACUCCGUUCGCGUUUGGGAUAUUAGGAAUACUUACUGCAGUGCUCCUGCUGAUGGCUCCUCCAGCGAACUUGUGGGUGUGUACACCGGGCAGAUGAGUAAUGUACUGAGUGUUCAGUUUAUGGCCUGUAACCUUCUUUUAGUGACUGGAAUUACACAAGAAAAUCAGGAACAUUAAUUUUUUUAUUUUUGUUUUAAAGGAUUGGGGCAGUGGCGGAAGGCCUCAGGAUUGCAAGUCUUAGAACAAACUGAGAAAAAAUCACUGACUGACUGUGAAAAACACUUCCCCACUUUUUCUUCCUUUCUUCUGUUGGCAGACAUCCUUAGUAUCCCACACCUUCCUUCAGCCCCCCUCAAAUAUCCAAGGACUGAGGUGGGGGGAGAAAGGUGAUGAUGAGUCACAUGAGAUCAAGAAUUAAGAUGCUUCGGAGGUCAGAUUGCAAGUUCUUACAAAGAUCCCACUGUGACCUUGUGCAAGUACCUUAAUGUCUCUGUCUCAUUUUUCCCAUCUGUAAAGCUGAGAUAAUACUUACCUCACAGGGGUGCUGGGUUUGAUUAGAGGCUGAUUGCAAAGCACUUUGAAAAUAAGCAGUGCUAUAAGUGUUAAGUAUUAUCAAUCACUUUGGUUGAAAGGAAAUCCUUAUUUGUUUAGGAAUGCUGGGGUGGGAAUUAGGAAAGGGGAGGGGGAUAAUCCUGGCAAAAAAAAAGUCUUUCCUUUUCCGUAAUUACAAAGAACCAGGAUUUUUUUUAUUAUUGUUAUUAUAAUUAUAAUAAUUAUUAUUAUUGAGGAAGAAAUCUAGCACUGGCAGAGGGUACUUUCUCUGCUUUUAACUUUCAGGUUUGAUUCCUGGCACUGGCUGUGAUACUUGGAAUUUUGAGGUUCAGGGAAUUUAGAGAAUUUGGUAGCACAGUGUAUUGGGAGAAAGGGAAAAUUUCUGGGUGACAGAUUGAUCACUCUGGCUGACAUGGCUGACAUGAUUCUAGAAGUGGGUGGGUGGAUUUGCUUGAGGAAGUUUUGGGCUCUUGCAGUGAUGGUGGGAAAGAAAGAUUCUUUUUAUGGCUACACUUCUGUCAAUAAUUCUCUCCCCUGAAAAGAAAGAUUGUGAUAAAGAAAUGAAAAUAAUUUGAAAUUAUAAGUCACAAGGUAGAAUUAGAAAAUCUUGUUUCCAAAUGAAACUAUUCAGAGGUGUAGCUUCUUCAAACUUCUUUUUCUCCUGAGAUUAUCUGCUCCCACCUCCUGCACUGCAAUACCAGUUUAAAUGAACACUUUGUGAAAAAAAAUCCUAAGUACAUAAUGCACGCAUAUAAAACUGUGCUUUGAGGAUAAAGCAAGUUCUAAUUUGUGGAAAAAAGGAUUAAAUAUUUCUGUUUUCUGAAAAGAGUUAUUUUGUAUUUUUGUUUUCUAUUAAAAUGUAUUUAGUUUCAAAAAAAAAUUAAAAAGUGUUGGCAUCUUUUUUAAACCCUGAGGAAAGGAUGGUAUGUGAUUUGUCCUGGGUAACACGCAUCUCAUCUCUCUUCAGAAUAAUAGCCAGUGAUGUGGGUUAGGCUAGCCCAAACAAAGGCUCGUUUUUAUCUGUCUUAUAUCCUCUUCAGCUUACUCUGAAUUGUGAUUCCUCUUGGCAUUCCCUUGGAUUAUCAAUAGCACUUAAUACUGUUAAUGCAUUCAAGAUUGCCAGUGGUUGACCAGAGACGUUAUUUUAUUUUACCAUGUAGAGUUAUUUGGUAAGUUAAGGUCCUACUUCCAGCUUUAAAGACUUUGUUAUAAAAUCUCUAAGGGGCAUAAGAACUGGAUUAUUUAACUAGCACAGACUAUUAAUUGAACAAUUAAUGAUAAAGGACUAAAAGAUUAAAUGAUAUCAAACUUAAAAUAAUGACUAUGGUCUGUUAUGGGUACAACAGAUUCUCUUUGAUCAAAAAUUAGAGUUAAAGGUCAUGUUUACUAGAAUUCAUGGAUCUUUCAAAUUAAUGGGCUUUUAUUUGGUAGAAAAAUAAUGCAAACCUUUUCUCUGUGUCAUGAGAUGUGAUUUCUACAUUUAAAUCCCCACAAAUACUUAAAUUAGAUCUUAUUCUCAGUUAUUAAAAAAAAAAUUAAAAGUCUACUUCCAACCAUAAUUUUUUGGAAAAGACACCAAGAAUUAUCAGGAAAUUAGGAAGACUCCAGAAUACUAUGCCAAUUUUCUUCUUUACUUGAAUCAAAGAUGCUAAUUAAUUGGAAAUGUUUCUUAUUCAUAAAAAUAUAUUUGAAAUAAUGGAAGAAGGAUCCUUUGGUAACUUACCAAGAUAGCAUUACCUUCCACAUGUUCUGCAUGUAAAGCCUAGAAUUCAAAUAUGUUCUUGUCUGUAAUAAUUUAACUCCUAAGUUAGAUUUUGUGGUAUGUUACUAGAAACAAUGAAAUUCCUCACUUGAACCAAAUCAUUCUUGGAAAUGAAGGUAUCACUGACUUUGGAUGAUUUGGAAAGGCUUUUGUUUGUAAAUGCAGAAUUCCAUGAUUAAACACAAAAAUGUAUUCAGUUAGUCAGUCUUCACGUUACCAUGCCAUACUUGGUGAUUUCAGCUCAAGUUCUUAACGGCCUGCAUAUUUGGCCUUUUUUUUUCUUUUGUGAACUGAUUUUAAUGUGGGGUGAUUUAACUUUUAUAUAGAGUGCCUUUCAUAACUUUCCCCAAUCCUUAGGAAUAUUAAAAAGAGUAUGUGUGUGUGUUUAUGUAUACACAAGUGCAUAAGAAUAUGGUUACAUUCUUCAGAUUGCUCUCUGACAUCAUUUGUUUUAUCCUCACAGCAGUCCCGUGAGGUGGACAGGGUUGUUGGUAUUACCAUUUUUAUGGGUGACAUGCCUGAACCCAGAAAAACUAUAUUAUUUAUCCAUAACCAACAUGCAAUAUUUAUGUCUUAAAUGUGUUGUAUAGAUUCAGUGUCCUCAAGUUCUAACUGGAGAGUAUAGCCCUGCAAGUAAAAAGUUUUUAAGAAAUCCUCGAAAAGGAAAAAAUGAAUUACUUUACCUAACAAGGAUGUGUAUAGCACUUACUAUAGGCCAGAAACUGCUCCAAGACUUUUAUGAAAAUUUACUUAUUUAUUCCCCUUAACAGCUCUAUGAGGCAUCAUUAUUAUCCCCAUUUUACAAAUGAGGAAACUAAGGCACUGAUGAAUUAAGUCACUUGCUAUAGGUCACACAGCCAGUCAUUGAUGAUGCCAGAAUUUAAACUUUCUGGCUCCAGAGUUCAUGCUCUUAACCAUGCUGUACCAUCUCCUUUAAUUAACCCAGUAUCAGGUAAAGAGUGAAUUGAGUUUAGUAGUAACUAAAUGCUCUUGAGAAUAGGUGCAAGACUCAUGCCAAAUAAAUCAGCAGCAACAAGCUGGAUCAGGACCUGGCAGUAAGAAGAAACCUAAAUAAUAUAUGGCCAAAAGAAACAUGAGAAUGUUCAGUAAUUUUGAACCACAAUAACAAAUCUCUGCAGUGUUAGACUACCAGCAUAACAGCCAUUUAAAGGAUGGUUGUUACAAAGUAGGGAAGUGUCAAAUAGAUAGCUGAAAUUUCUUAGACUGACAGGCUCAGAAAAUCUGAGUAUAAUUUUAAUUCAGCAGGAGACUGUCCCAAAGGCAGGAGAAAAUUAGAAUAAAGGAAAGUGAUAAAUAGAGAGCAUAAAGAAAAAAUUUUAAGUUUUUAUGUUCAAGACCCACCAUCUAAGGAUAUCAUGAUAGUAUUACUAGAUUUUCAUUUGUUUUAUACAAAUGUUAAAAAAAAAUCUUGGUUGUUAAAAAAAAAUUAAUAUGAAGUUUUCAAAUUUUACUAUUGCCCAGAUAGGUAUUUAAACAUAUGGAUUAAAAGAUGAGCCUUUACUUCAAAUGGUCUCAGUUGUGUGUUUUUGAAAAGCGUUCAUUGUAUCUGUACCCAGCCUAUACCAAAAAUUCAUAUUACUGAUGUCUACGUAGCAGCCAAAUAACUGAAACUGCCCUGUGGUAGACAGCAAAUCUCCAUUAUAGAAGUUAAGGAAGACAAGCUUUCCUUGUUAAUUUGACUCCUUGAAGGACAACUUAGUUAUUUACCUAUGACUGAUUGACAUGUUAAAUAAAUUUAUGAGUGCCUGCUAUGAGCAGACAUUGCGUUGGUGGGUGGAAAUACAGUGGUAAGCAAGACAAAUUUGGUCCCUGAUUUGAGUUUAUAUCCUAGAGAGAGACAGAUAUCAGUCAAACAAUACUAUAAAUAAAUACAUAAUUUCAAACUGUAGUAAAUGCUAUAAUGGGUACUAUGGAAGAAUAUACCAGGGGAUCUAACUUAGAUUAAGCAUUCAAGCAGACCUCUGAAAAGAUAAUAAUUGAUCUGAGACCUCUAGGAUAAGUAGGAAUUAGGCAGAAUUUGGGAAAGUAUGGUUCAUAUCCCCCAGUGAGAAAGAAAUUGGUGUACUUGAAGACCAGUUUGUCUGAGGCAACGUUGAGUAAGGGACAGAAUGUAGGACAUGAGGUUGGAUAGUUGGCAAGACUUUGGAUGCCAUCAGGAGUUUGGCUUUUACCCUAGGUGGAGUGGAAGUCAUUGAAGAGUUUAGAACAUGCAAGUGAUGUCAUCCAGUUUAAUCUUAAAAUCAGCAACUGCUGUAUGGGACAUGGAUUGGAGAGUGAGAAUGAAAGCAAGGAUGCCAGUUAGAUCGUUGCAGUAGUCCAGGGGAAAGAUGAAGCAAUAAGGACUAAGGUGGCCACAGUGGAAAUGGAAAAAGGUGGGUAGAUUCAAGAGAUGUUUUCAAGAUUGGUUUGGCUGGGCUUUGUGUUGGUUUGGAUGGGGAGAGAGAAAGAAGACGAGUCAUGGAUGACCCACAUGUUUCUGGCAGAGCAACUUGGUCAAUAGGGUUGCCAUUUACUGUGAUGAAAACUAGAGGAAAAGGAAGUUUGGGGGUAAAUCAAUAGUUCAAUUUUGGACCUCUUAAGAUGGAGGUGCUUAUGAGAGAACCAAGUGAAGCUACCAGGUAGGCAUUUGGAUAGAUGUGCCUGGAGCUCAGAAGAGAGGUCUGGGCUCGAGAUGUUAAUUUGGGAGUUGCAUCCAUUAGAGUGCUUUCUGCAAAAGAAAUAGAAAUUUGACUCAAAGUAUUUUUAAAAUAAGGAAUUUUAUUGAUUCAGAUAACGAGAGUGUAGAGUUUGGGUGGUUUCAUAUGCAACUCAUUUCUGCCCUCCUCUGGUUGACUUUAUCUUGAGGCUUUAUCCUGUUGAGAGGGCUACCAACAGCAACUAGGGCCAGAGACUCCCUCAAAUAUGUCUAGUGGGAAUAUGAGCUCGCUUCCAUUCCUCACACUUAAGAGCAAGGAAACAUUUUUCUAAAAGUCCCCUGAAACCUCUCUAAUUGGAAAUAGGCCCACUAACCCUGUCCCUGACACAAAGGAUAGCCAGAUUGAUUUAUGCUAAUCAGUGCCCCUGGAGUUGAGGUCUUUUCCCCAAACUUGAUAUUACUGUUACACGAUAGGGAAAGAAUGACAUUGGAGUCAAACACAAUGUUUCUACAAGAGGCAUUGACAUCUAGUUGAAAUUUGAAACAGUAUCUAAGUUUUCCCCCUCUGUGCCAUCAACCGUAUGUUUAAUGGAGUAUCUUGAAAGAGGGCUCCGCUGUUGUCUCCAGCGUUUUCUUACAAGCUAUUCAAGUUCUAUUGUUGAUACCUUCCUGAUCUUAGCAGAAGUUAUCAAUAGAAGGCUUUGAAACAACAAGCAGGCUUUGGGUUCCUUCUUUAAAUUCUCUUUAAAUAUUUUGCUGACCUAACUAUUGAGUGGUUGCAGUUAUGCAGUCAUGCCACAUGAACAGACAAUCCAGUUCAUACAUGCACAGGUAAUGGCAACAUCAUCACAACUACAACCUGGACAAAAUUAUAAGAUGCCACCCAGUUGUAAGUCUACCCUAUCCUGAUCUCAGAAACGUUCAAAGUUUUUUCAAAAAAAUUAUAUCUUAGACUCAACAAAAUAUGGUAUAGAAAACAAAUAUUUCACUGAACAUUACCCCUUCUAUGUGUGAUAUACUCUGAUAAAUAUUCUUUUAAAAUGGUCACAACCCACUAAAUAAUUUCAUGACCCCUUAAUGGAGUCAUUAUGUGCAAACUGAAAAGUACUGCACUAGAGCCUGUUUUAAUGCUGAUGAGAAGAACCCAGAAGAGUUGGGACAAAAGUUGGAGGACUCACCCUUCCUGACUUUAA